GUUUUUUGUUUGUCUUAAUAUCUCUGUCUCUUUUUGUAUUCUCUCUCCUUUAUAUCUUCUUUCCCUCGAAAGAAGAAGGUAGUUCAAGAGUCAAUAAGUUUUGUUCAAGAGUCAAUAAGUUCUUCAAUUUGAUCCUCUUGUUUGCCUUGGUUCCAAAACAUGGAGAUAGAGAAAGCUGAGUCCUGGUUUGGUUAGCUGUAAGAUCCCCGGGGGGCUGCUGGUUUUGACAGGCAACUUACUACCAAUUUGUAUGGUGUUUCCCAUGUUGUGAUUGUAAUUGAUGUUAGAGGGUUUCAGUGAGGAUUAAGCUCCUGAUCAUGGAGGGUCCUUGUGAAACACCAGAAAAUGGUAUGGUAGCAGAUCACAACCUUCAGAUUAUUAGGUACUCUCCAUUCCAACCAUGCGCCAGAUUAUCAUCACUCUGGUUUGAUUUGAGAGUCUUCUAUGUGAGAGUCAGCAAUUUUCAAGUUGAUGAUUUAACUCCAGAGUUUCUAACUCUCAAUCAUAUCCCUCUAAACCCUGACACCCUUUUGGAAGUUAAUGGCACUAGAUGCGGCAUAUACUCUGAUGGGGUCUCUUUACUCCUUAGAAGGGAUCGGGUAGAUAAGAAAUCAGACGAAGCCACCUUUGUGAGUACAGAUAGUAUUUGGUUGACAGGUAGUGUGAAAUUUGAGGUGUUUGAUGGAAAGGAUCUCAUUCUCUCCGGUGUAUUGGAAAUGUCUAGUAGUAAUGGCUUCAUUGAGGAAUCGAAAAAUAAUGUGAAACGAUGGAGCAUGAAUUGUGAAUCAGAUAUCACUGCUGGCAGUGGUUUCCUGAAGGGAAAGCACAUUGCUGGUCCUGAAUUAUCACCACCAACCAUUGAGGUUUAUGUUGCGGGUUGCUUCUCUGGAACACCAAUCAUCUUGACCAAAACAUUGCAACUUAAUUACCGGAAGAAGCAUAAUAGGAAGGGCAUGUUACAUUCAAUACCGGAAUAUGAGACCACUGAAUGCCAGAAAGAUAUGUCACCUGGACUUGAUAUGCAGGUAGUGGAAUACAGAAACUACAAACAAGAAAAUGAUGAAGACUACAGCAAUAUCUACUGGAGGAGGACAGAGUACAUAGAUGGCGAAGAUGGUGAACUCUCGUGGUUCAAUGCAGGUGUAAGGGUUGGUGUAGGGAUUGGUCUUGGCGUUUGUCUUGGCAUUGGUAUCGGAGUUGGCUUGCUGGUUCGUACGUACCAAUCAACCACUAGAAACUUCAAAAGGCGGCUUAUCUGAUUCAUUUCAUCUACCUUGCGAGUACCAUCUGCUCCCUUGAGAUCCAAAGGCAUCUAACACCAUCUUGUUCAAAAGGAUGCAUCUUUAACUGCAGAUUUUGACUGAGUGAUCCCCAGAAGUUGAUAUUCUUUUUUUCCCCCUGUAUUUUCCCUUACUCUGUUGUCAGUUUGUUAGAUAGUUUAUUAGCUGCUAUUGGGAAAGUAAAUGAUCGUGAGGCUAUAUAUGUUGGAAAUCUGUAUGACUUGUACUUCCCUGUAAAUAAAUAUGUAUUGCAGAAAAAUGGGGUAUGGUCUGUUACUAAGAUUUACAUGUAUUUCCUGCUAUUGGGAAGGUAAAUGAUUGUGAGGCUAUAUAUGUUGGAAAUCUGUAUGACUUGUACUUUCCUGUAAAUAAAUAUGUAUUGCAGAAAAA